AUGAUCCUCACCAGGAGGACCUGGCUAUUGCCGGCCUGUUUUUUGACCUGCGUUGUUUACUACCUCUUCUUGUACCCUCGAGAUCCUGCUGGAGUCACGUACCAUUAUCCUGCGAAUGGUCCCGAUGGAAAAUUACACUGGACUAAACAACCUGAAAGGUAUCCUGUCGCUGGAUACCGCGAACUCCCUUCCAGUCCGCUGGAACCGAUUCCUCGCAUUCAGUAUGAAUUCGAAUCACAUAGCGAAUCAGCGGAUGUAAAGACCACGCGAGAAACCAGACGAGCAGCGGUGAAAGAGGCAUUUGGACAUGCGUGGAAUGGAUAUAAGCAACAUGCUUGGGGUCGAGAUGAAGUCGCUCCGAUCAGUGGAGCCUAUCGUUCGAGCUUUGGCGGCUGGGGCGCGACUUUGGUCGAUACAAUGGACACGUUAUGGAUGAUGGAUCUGAAAGACGAUUUUAACCUGUGUGUGGAGGCUGUGAAGCGCAUCGAUUUCACAACGAAUGACGAGGAGGCUUUGAAUGUCUUCGAAACGACAAUUCGAUAUCUCGGUGGACUUCUCGCCGCCUAUGAUCUCUCUGAUGGGAAGUAUAAAGUCCUCCUCGACAAAGCUAGUGAAUUGGGAGACAUCCUCUAUACGGCGUUCGACACUCCAACACACAUGCCGAUGACUCGUUGGACAUGGAAGAAGUCUGCACUUGGUGGUGAAGUCGAGCCGAGCACCAACACCUUACUCGCAGAGCUUGGAAGUUUGACUGUGGAGUUCACCAGACUGAGUCAACUGACAGGCGACCUGAAAUAUUUCGAUGUCGUUCAGAGAAUCACGGAGGAAAUGGAAUGGGCCCAGAACAAAACCAACAUCCCUGGUUUGUGGCCAACGGUCGUCAACGCAAAGGACCUAUCGUUCGACUAUAACCACUUUACAUUUUCUGGCAUGGCGGACUCCACCUACGAGUACCUACCCAAACAAUAUAUGAUGCUUGGAGGUCGCGACGGAAAGUAUCGACACAUGUAUGAGGAAGCCAUCGACGCCGCAAAGAGAUACCUCUUCUUCAGGCCCAUGGUUCCGUCUGGUGAUGACAUUCUCUUCAGUGGUAACGCCGCGUUGACGGCCAUGAACACGAUUCCGAUAGCAAACCUCGAACCUCAAGGUCAACAUUUAGCUUGCUUCGUCGGCGGAAUGGUGGGGAUUGGCGCAAAGAUCUUCGAUCGACCAGACGAGUUGCGUGUUGCUCGCAGACUUAUUGAUGGUUGCGUGUGGGCUUACGACGCAAUGCCCUCAGGUUUGAUGCCCGAGACCUUCCACAUGGCCCCCUGCCAGGUUGGAGUAGGAGAUCCCCCUCCCGGAAAGUGCGACUGGAACGACGAUAAAUGGUAUGAAGCCAUCUCCAAGAAACAUCCGCCUUCGCAAGACACAGAGCAGAUGAGCGCAGUCGAGCGAGGGAAAUAUCUAGCAAAGCAACAUACCAUCUUCCCCGGUUUCACUGAUCACGGCGACAAUCGAUACAUCCUCCGACCUGAAGCCAUCGAGUCCGUUUUCAUCAUGUAUCGCAUUACUGGUGAUGUGAAAUGGCAGGAUGUUGCUUGGUCAAUGUUCCAAUCCAUCGAGGUAGCGACGCGGACGCCGAUCGCCCAUGCUGCAAUCUACGAUGUCCGGAAGGCGAAUCCGGAGAAGAGUGACCGCAUGGAAAGCUUCUGGCUUGCGGAGACUUUGAAGUAUUUCUACCUUAUUUUCAGUGAACCAAGCCUGGUGAGUUUGGAUGAAUGGGUUUUGAACACCGAGGCGCAUCCUCUCAAGAGGCCUACAAGUUAA